CCUCUCGGUGGAUACGUUACAUCGCGUGCAGGUUAUGUAAGAGAGCAUGUGAUGUUUCUCUGUGAUAAAACGAGUCUUUUAGUGCAAAUCCGGUCAACAUGAAUGACAUACCAGGAACUUAAUUACCUGUGUUUUGUGUACCUGUUAGCAUGUGAAAUAACGUCAUCCUGAGCUGUUUAUCCGUUCGCCAUCUCACACCUUCAUGUAGUAAUCGAAUACUCGAUCGUGAUCCCGACUCGAAGUAUCAAAUGGACAAUGCCUAUUUACAUGACACGUGAUGUUAAUGUAAGGACAACACAUUAUAAAUUAACUCAUCUGUACCAAUAACUAUACAUACUUGGACUAUGUUAUUCUAUGGACAAAAACUACGUACAUGUAUGCAGAUUUUGUCAUCGGCUCGGAUUUGAUACAUCAGGUUAAGAAAUACAACGGGUUAAAUGACAGAGGUAAACUGUUCAUUAUUUAGCACAUUAAACCUUCGACCUUUGUUUACCCUGGAGUGACAUUUGAAACCGAGAACUGGAUCGUUUAUCAAUUGUUCAAAUGUUAGCAGGCAACUGCAAUGCAUACAAAAGGCAAUUACAUCAUUACUGACAUUGAGACCUGAGUUUUACCUCCCUAUUUUGACUAGACUUACUGUAAUUCUAUCACUUUACAGGAUCUAUCGCAUUUGUGUCGCUUAUUCUUGUCUUUUGCUCCAUUCGCCGUUUAGUCAUCCAUUUAUAGUCUGACGUGAAUGCAGAUUGGCGCGGUUUUUCUUGUGGGAUAAUUCUCUGAAAUCGACAUCUGUCGUCUGCAGUUCUCGCGUGCACUAUAACAAAUCUGUGAGCUACGAAAAUCAAAAGAGACCUUAUCUUUAGUUUCGUAAAACACUGUUUGGAUACAAAUAUCUAAAGGGAAUUUAACGAAUUUUUUAAAACACUGAUUACGGCAAAGAUUCCAAAAUGGCUCUGGAUGAAAUACGUGCAGAAUUAGGAGGAAAAUGGAAAUUGGACAGGAGUGAGAAUUUUGAUGAAGUCCUCAAGGAAUUAGGGUUAAAUAUAGUAUUCCGGAAGAUGGCUGCGGUGGCAAAACCAGUAAUAGAAUUCACAAUAGAGGACAAUGUCGUAAACCUUAUAUCAAAAGUCAGCUUCUUCAACCAAGUGAUGACCUUUAAGUUAAACGAAGAAUAUACACAGAGUUUUGAGGGAAUAGAUAUGAAAUGUUAUUCGAGAUGGGAAGACAAAAAGCUCAUUACUGAAGCCACGCCUAUGGUGGAAGGAAAAGGAAAGCCUCAGCGAUUCCAGAGGGAGAGGGUCAAUGACGAACUCGUGCAGACCAUGACUGUUGGGGAUGUGGUUUGCGUAAGAGUUUUUACGAAGGUAAAUUGAAAAAUAGAAGUCAUUUACCCACAGAAACUGCAGAGUUACGUCCAUUGGUUUUGGAAAUACAAGUUCUCUCCCCUCAACCUACAGUAGAGAGAUACACAAGACCACCAAUCACAUCCCAUCCUGGAUUACCGAGCUGAUUGUCUGGAUCGUUGUACAAGGAUUUCCUUAUAUUUCCUACAUAAGACUGUCAAAUAAUCAAAUUAAUGUCGUAAAAUUGAGUUUAUGAAAAUUGUGUAUUAUUUUUGUGAAUCUAAUAGGUUAAACCGCGAUGAAAACGGCACUUAAUUUUCCUGUUCGUUUACCAGGUUAGGUUAGAGGUCGUGGUCCAAAUUGUUAUUGUUAUUUACACGUUUUUGUUUUAUUGAAUUAAGUAAGUGACGCGAUUAAACAUUCUACAAAUACCACAUCUUUUAUGUCAUCGAUCAUCAAGGGUUACUCACAUUUGUCGUCAGUAUUACAAUCACUUGUUGUGAAACGUGUGUAAUAUUGAAAACGGUCUUAUUUUGGAGCACUCGAUUUUAGCCCAUAAAAUGUAAUGGAGUUCUAGAGCAAGGAUGAAUGACUGAAGUGUAAUUUUAAAUUAGUGAAAUACUUUCAGCGCGAAAAAACCCCGCUAAAACAAGAUUGCAGUUUGAAAUACCCCCAGUAUGUUGAUUCUACUAAAAAUAGAUUAGUAUAGUUUUCGCUCUUCUACGAUAUACUGUAGGUUAUCGUAGAGGAGUGGAGAUUACAGGAAACUACAAGUCUAAUUUCAAUUAGAUUAGUUGGUUCAGUCUCAAUGGACCAUUUCGCUUGAUGUUUUUUUCGUCGCAGAAAUUAUCGGUGGAAAUAUUGUUCUAGUUUAAUGGAUCAAAAUAAUUCAGUUCUUUACUAGAGCUAGUUUUGGUCUUUUUAAAUUUGAAAGUAAAUUAAUAUCAUUAUCGUUUUUUAUACAUUUUAAAGAUACAUGUUCAAAUAUUUUUACUUCAUAUGUUAGUUACCAAUUUAGGAAGAUUUCAGAUGAAUAAAUAUAUGAAUCUGUUUUCGCAAUUUAAUCUCGAAAAUAGCAACAUAACAAAUAAAAUAACUUGAAAUCACGAAAGUUUCCUCAUAUAAAAAAGAGGAAUUUACGUUGUCCAAUUUUGUUUUGUUAUGUAUUGAUAUUGGGGGAAAAAACAAACAAACAAACAAACAAACAAACAAACAAAAAAAACCCAGCGUGAACUGCAUACGCUAACAUAUCCAUAGAAUAUAACAGUAGAACUAAGCAUAUAACAACCAUACUACCGAUAAAAUGGCGAUUCGAAACGCAAACCCUACAAAACGAAUAUGACACAACUUCAUUUUAAUAGCUAGCAUUACUUAUUUUUCGCAACCUAUUUGUGUGCAAAAUCCUAAUAGAGCAUGAAUAUUAUUGACGCUACUUUCAUAUGUACAAAUAGUGGCUUGGAAACGUCCAUAAACAUUUCAUAUAUAGAGGUGCCUACGUGUUACAUUAUGUUCUGCAAUAUUGUGGUGAUAUAUAUAUAUAUAUAUAUAUGGAUGUAUUGUUUACAUGUGUUACAUAUAUUAAUGACAUCAUACAUAGAUACCUUAUAUAUUAAUUGGCGGUUGCCUUGGUAAUGAUAGCCUGAUAUGUUCGUACAUUGCUUUAAUGCAUUCUUUACAAACAUUGUCAAACACAUCUGACAUUAUACAUGAAUCCUAAUUAAAGAUUAUUUUGUUGUGCAUCGGAUAUCCAAAAGUUGUGUGUUGUCUAAUAUCGCUAAGUGUUGAUGAUACUGGCAUUCAUGAAUGUGAUAUAAAAUUCCAUACACCAGGUACCAAAUGAUCCCUUCUGUAAAUUUGUCUCUAUCACAGCAUCAAUCCUUACUGAACCAUUGGUGAUUAACUGGAAAUAUAUUUUUAUUAAGAAAAAUAGUGUUAUUAAGCUUCAUACCCGCGAUUCCCGUCAUAGCGUGAGAUAUCUACAAAUCGAAAUACUAAAAGAAAACUCGCAACGUACUUUUACUCUCAAGAUAAACAGAGUUCUUCGAGUAUUAAGUCCCGAAAAUUCUUAACUCGACCCCAAGUAUCACUAAUUACCGCAAAGACAUACGGUAUUUGUGUACGAUACGCCUUAUUCUUGGAUAUGUCGGCGUUAAUUUCACUACAUGUAGGCACACAUACUUAUGAUCACCGUUCGGACAAUAGAAACUGUGUAUGUUUCUGAUGUCCGAACGAAGGAAUCACCCUACUGGCGUACUAGAACCAAAUUAAUUUUUGUUAUAAUUAAUGUUACUAGUAUUGUCUACCUUGGAUAUAGGACUAUAAUAUUGUCAAACACUGUACAAUGUAUUAAGAUGUCGUGAGCAUUUAGGGGAAAUAUACAUCACCCAUUUAUUUUCAAAUGGAAUUGAAGUGGUGUUGAAUUUUGAUUUCGAAGUCUGGAUCAACGUAUUCGCUGCUAUGAUUUCCUAUUGGCAAAAAACAAGAAUGAAGUAAUAAUUCAUGGUAUGUGGGUUAACCAUAGAGUAAAUCUUUACAAUUAUUCGGAUCCUAAGUCGUAUCAUUGACUAGAUUAACGUAGCUAUUGUUGUUAUUAUGUAAAACAAUUGUAUGUAAUACGCUGUGAUUUGUGACAGAUGCUAAAAUUGAGAAAUUGGUAUGUGUAUAAUAUGGAAACACCUUUCCUAUACCAUUUCAAUAUAUGUGUUAUGUCAAUAAAUUACUUGUGCUAAAAUUCAA